AUGGAUGCAAUAUCAGUGGAUGUGGAUAUUGGUGGAGCUAUACCAAGCUCAUCGUUGGCAGACAGUGGAGAAUUGGCUCCUUCACCUAUAUAUGAACCAGAACACUACGAGAUGGUGGAGGUGAUGGGUCAUACUAGGCAUCUUCAUGGCCACCACCACCAUCAAUUUAGAAAAAUAAGAUUUGAAAGAAGAGAACCAUUUCAGGGUAGGACGAUGGAAAAGUUCUUUUCUGGUUUUGAUCAAGACUAUCCUGCUGAUCAGGUACUUAGACAUACAAUAAACGAGCAAGAAUUUGAAGACAUUAUGACAGAGAUCAAUGAAAAGAAAGAAGAUUUCAUCGAGAUAGAGGUUAAUGAAAGACCAGAGUUUCAAACCAAAGGAGUUGUUUUCUACACAUCCAAGGCAUCAAAUCGUCAUCGUUCUAUCCUUUUGGUUCCCCAUCCUCCACAUGUUGACUUUUACUCCAACACAUUAUUCGAAUGA